CCUCCGCUUCACCGUUCAUCAUCCAUCCGUUGCAGCCUGUUUGAUAUAUCUUAGCGUGGGCCGCCUCGGUCAAAGGACGGCACGCCUCCUUUUGCUCCGUUGCUGCGUCUCGCGAAGUCCGCCUCAUCCUCCUUCUUCCCUUUCUCUGCCCUACAUCCUUCCCGCCUCGGCCUAGCCGUGUGUGUGUGUUUGUGCGCAGAGUCUCGACCUCCGCCCCCUUUGUCCGCCCGCACCGCUCUCGUGACUCGGUCGGCCUAUUAAUCCUCGCCGCCUUCCGCCUGCCCGCCUCCGACGACGACGACGACGACGCAGUCCGAUUUCUCGGUUCGGUGUGACCACCCUCCAAUAGUUGACGGCGAGCACACGACACGCCAAGCCAAUUCAAUAACACGACGAACUCAAUCUCUUGGGCAAUCAAGCACGUAGCAGCAACCACAACAGCCCGCUCUGAUCACGCAAUCGACCGCCAAAAGGGCAAAUUGUCAGCCUGCUCACAUCGCCGACGGCGACGACUUCUCAAUCGACGACCAACUUUUGGCACCGAACGCUCACCCUAGCCUGGACGGCUCCCAUCUCGUUGAACAAGGGGGUUGAAGAGUCAUCUCUUCAGCAUCCUGUUCUACCGAUACCAAAACCUUCACGGAUGUUCACAACCCAGAUAAACCAGGUGUCGCAAUAGCUGCCAUCGAUCGACUCAAGUCGGGACGGGAGUUUCUUGCCCACCUGGUAUUCUUCAUUCGGUGAUUCCUCACCAUCCUCGGCGCCUUCAAGCAAUCGGAACCCACCACUUCGACCCAGUUGCUUCUUGGCCGCCAACCCAUUUCCUAACACUGCCUUUGCAUCUCGCCCUCGUCGAGUCAUCGAUCCAUCUUAGGCCACCCUGCUCCUUGUUCAGUAUACCAAGAACAACAUACAUCAGGGUCGUCCCGGUUUGCUCUUUGAUCCGACGUAUCCCCCUUUGCCAUCUCAACUCUUAUCCACAUUCAACAACAACACAAAAACAUCAACGUCACUCUUUUGACCCCGUCGAUGCUCUCGUAGCGUCGCCUGCCCUCAUUUUCGGACUCUCGGUCCCCUCCUCGACUGCCCGACCUGCUUGAUUUAUUUCCUUUGUUUGAAGUCCACAACCACACAUCACCUAUGAGCCUCUGACUGGAACGACUUGGAGUUUUCUUUUUCUUUUUUCCUCCGCUACACUGUUUUAUUGUUGCGCUUUGGCGAGUCUUGGACGAUUGUAUAUCCCUCAUCCUCAUUUCUUCUCGCCUCAUUGAGUUCACACACGCCUUCGAACCCACGCCAACCCCGCGCUGAUCUGCUACGCAAAACCUCCGGACCUACGUCAACUUGUUCGUCUACUUCGACACUUGUACCACUCGAUAAAGCGCUUCGGAUCACACCUGCUCGUGGCGUCAGCUUAGACUGGCAAACGGACCUUUGGGACAAAAGCUCUGCUGCAACUGUACCACCAGCAACCAACAUCAUCGAUAAUCCUCGUCUCUUUUCAGCUCUAAUCUUACGAUACCCAUUUUCUGUCUGUUUUCAUCAUCAAAUCAGACGCCAUGGAAUGCCUGCGAGACAGGUUCGACAUGGGCGUCGUCCUUGACGGACGCUACGAGACCAUCUCGCCGCUGAACCAUGGCUCUUUUGGCAUGGUCUUCAUGGCGAGGGAUGUUCGCACGGACGAGAAGGUUGCUAUCAAGUGCCUGACCAAGAAGGCGGCCGCCGACCAGUACGGCUUCGACUUCGCCGUUGACGAGAAGUCUGAGGAGCUCGUGUUGCACAAGCGUCUUGGUAGUCACCCCAACAUCGUCAACCUGGUGGACGCCUUCGAGACUGAUGCUCACGUGUACCUCGUCCUUGAGUUCUGUGAGCGUGGCGAUCUCUACGAGGCCAUCCGCCAUGGUUAUGGUCCCCUGGAGACGGAGCAUGUCCGCAAGUUCAUGCUUGAGCUUGUCGAUGCCGUCGAGUACAUGCACGCCAAGGGCGUCUACCACCGCGAUAUCAAGCCUGAGAACAUCUUCCUCACCGAUACUGGCUCCCUCAAGCUUGGUGACUUCGGUCUGGCGACAACGGAGCGGUGGACGUACGAGGCCACUGUUGGCAGUGACCGCUACAUGUCACCGGAACAGUAUGACUCGGCCGGUGCUGGCUACUCGCCUGCUCAGGCCGACAUCUGGGCCAUUGGCAUCUGUCUGCUCAACGUCCUCUUCUCGCGGAACCCCUUCACCACCCCCACCGAGGCCGACCUCCUCUUCCUGGACUUUUCGCGUGACAAGCAGUCGCUCUUCGAUGUCUUCCCCUACAUGUCGCAAGACACGUACGAGGUCAUCGUCGAGUGCAUGAACCUUGACCCCAACAAGCGCUCUCUGGUCGGUGCUCGUCGUGCCCUCCGCCGUGUUGUUAGCUUCACCACCACGGAUGAGGCUCUGGAUGACUUCUGCUCCACGGACCGCACCGCCAUGGCCUCGGCCAACCGCGAGCCCCUCCGCACUCCAUCGAUCCAGAGCCCCGCCGUUGACACCGGUGCUUUCCCUUGGGCCAAGGCUCUCCAGAUCACUGCCGCCAUGCCUAUCCGCCAACUCAGCAUGAUCCCCGACAAUGAGUGCUACACCGAAGACCUCUUCUCCAAGUCUGAGGCCACCAACUCCGACUGGUUCUCCAAUGCCGCCCAGACUCCUUCAGUGGAUUCCAUGCUCAACUCUAGCCUCGGCGCCUCCAUCAGCUCUCUUGGCAUCUCCAACCCGCAGCAUCACCGCAAGGUGUCGCCAAUGGCUGGCUCGCUUCCCAUCACCAUGUCGCGCUCCCGUGCCCAGCCCGCCAUGUCCAGUGUCUUUGGCCACAGCGAGGGAUUCUCCAAGAGCUGGAGCGAUAUGUGGGAGGAAGAUGAGGAGGAGGAGGCCAACGAGCGUGCUCGCCAGAUGACGAACCUCAAGGAGCUCAACUCGCGAACCUGGAGCCACGAGAGCCAGGUCCUGGGGAAUGACGAGGAUGAGGACGACACUCCUCGUCGAGGUCUGUCGCCGGCGACCAAGGCGUCUACGUUGUACGUCUCUGACCACAUUCCGUCGAUCGAGAACACCAUCUCGAACAACAUCGACGACGAUCUGGUCGCGGACGGCUUCUUCUUCCAAGACGAUGAGCCCGAGCCGGAGAGUAAGCAAGGACGUGGUCAACCAACGCAGCCUGUAUCUCCCCGCCCGUCGUCGCGGUAUUCACCACCGCCCAAACGCAAUGACGGUGACAAGUGGGAGGCCCUUGGACAACGACGGCGCGGCUACUCGUCGGCGAAACCGGCCAAGGCGGCUGCCAAAACAUCUGAAGGGCUGUUGAAGAACAGCCGACCGAACCAGCAACCUACUUUUGGAUUUUCUACUUUGGGACACGGCGUUUGGGAUUAUAAUAUGGGACAACAUCAUCACUCAAUCAACAUGGCUGUUUCAAAACACGCCAACGACAACAUCAACACUGCUUUCAACAACCACGGCCCUCUGGGCAUCCAUCAGAACAACGGGGCUAAAUGGACCAGCCCCAAGGAUCGCUCCAAAGAUGGCUGUCCUUGGAAGAAGGGCAUUGACUCGAACUGGCGCCGUGAUCGGCGCGCAGACCUCGGAGUCGAGUGGGUUGGUGGUUGGUAGAGGCUCCUGUCUCUCCUACCAUCAAUGGUAGCUGAGCUAUCACAUCUCCGUACCCGGUUUCUUUUGUGUGGUUUAUAAUCCAUGUUGGAAAUUGGGGCUGCUGACUUUGAGGGAACUUUUUUCACCCCUUUUUUUUUUUCCACCAUACACCCACCGAUCUCUACAAGCCCGUUGCAACCGGCUUUCCAUCUCCUUUUUAUCUUCUGUUUCGACCACCCUGUCCUUGAAAGCAGGAGAAAAACAGCUGCCACAUUUUCGGCACCUAUAUCACUUUGCCGCCAGCACAUUUUUCUUGCUUCUUGGAUGGUUUGGGAAGAAAAUCCCUUUUGGGGUUGUUCUUUUUCUUUUUUGUCUUGAAUCACCUUCUCCUCGUUCCCCUUUUAAGUCAGCAGCACGCCGGUACUCGCGGACGGGAUCUGAUGUAGCCCAGCUCGCUUCUUGUGUAUUAGUUACCACCCUCACCUUUCAGUGACACAAUACCAGAAGUUACCCACUCAAACACAGCCAGUCCAAUCUAUGCCUGUCUAGAAU